CCCGUUCAGCUCCACCACCGACGCCGCCGCUCGCUUCGCUUCUCCUCCUCCUCCUCUACCCCGCCGCCGCCGGUGCCAUCCGAGGAUUCCGACGACUACCAGCUUCUGGACGCAACAGGAAAUUGUGACCCUUUAUGCUCCGUUGAUGAAGUUAGCUCACAGUACUUUGAAGCUAACUACAAACCAAAAAAUGAUCUUCUUAAAGCUUUAACUAUCAUUGCAACAGCUUUGGCAGGGGCUGCUGCAAUAAACCAUUCAUGGGUUGCUGAACAUCAGGACAUUGCAAUGGUGCUAGUUUUUGCUCUUGGCUAUGCAGGUAUCAUAUUUGAGGAAUCUCUAGCGUUUAACAAAAGUGGAGUUGGAUUAUUGAUGGCUGUUUGCCUAUGGGUUAUCAGAAGUAUUGGGGCUCCCUCUACUGAUGUAGCUGUUCAAGAAUUGAGUCAGACAACUGCCGAAGUUAGUGAAAUAGUCUUUUUCUUACUCGGUGCAAUGACUAUUGUGGAGAUUGUUGAUGCACAUCAAGGAUUUAAGCUAGUCACUGACAAUAUAUCUACUAGAAACCAAAGAACUCUUCUCUGGGUGGUAGGGUUUGUAACUUUCUUCUUGAGUUCUAUCCUUGACAAUUUGACUUCUACUAUUGUGAUGGUGUCACUGCUUCGGAAACUAGUGCCUCCAUCGGAAUAUAGAAAAUUGUUAGGUGCUGUUGUUGUGAUAGCUGCAAAUGCUGGGGGAGCAUGGACACCAAUUGGUGAUGUGACGACCACAAUGUUGUGGAUUCAUGGUCAGAUUACAACAUUGAAAACAAUGCAGGGUUUGUUUAUUCCCUCAGUUGUUUCGUUGGCAGUUCCACUGGCAUUGAUGUCCCUCACCAGUGAAGCAAAUGGAUCAUCUCAGAAAUCUUCCAGCUUGCUCUCAUCCGAGCAGAUGGCUCCUCGGGGACAACUUGUAUUUGCUGUUGGACUUGGAGCCUUAGUGUCUGUUCCAGUGUUCAAAUCUCUCACUGGCCUGCCACCUUUCAUGGGCAUGCUGCUUGGUCUUGGGAUUCUUUGGAUCCUGACUGAUGCAAUACAUUAUGGAGACUCUGGAAGACAGAGAUUGAAAGUUCCACAGGCAUUGUCACGGAUUGAUACACAAGGAGUCCUAUUCUUCUUAGGAAUUCUUUUGUCAGUUGGCAGCUUGGAAUCUGCUGGCAUCUUGAGGCAGUUGGCGAACUAUCUUGAUGCAAAUAUUCCAAAUGCUGACCUUAUUGCAAGUGCUAUUGGUGUAGCAUCAGCAAUUAUAGACAAUGUUCCACUUGUUGCUGCAACAAUGGGGAUGUAUGAUCUGACUUCAUUUCCUCAAGAUGCAGACUUCUGGCAGCUUAUUGCAUUCUGUGCGGGUACGGGUGGUUCUAUGCUUAUCAUUGGCUCUGCAGCAGGCGUGGCUUUCAUGGGAAUGGAAAAGGUUGACUUCUUUUGGUAUUUUCGUAAGGUGAGUGGUUUUGCCCUUGCAGGUUAUGCAGCUGGUAUCAUCACCUAUCUAGCUGCUCAAAAUCUCCCUCUAUCCCUUCCUACUUCACUAGCUGAGAUCCCAUUUAUCUCAGGUUCAUGAAAGGCUGCCUUUGGUGGUCCUGUAAGAUCAGAUUCUAGAUAUGGAAAUUCACAUAUUAUUGUCUGGCCAGCUUAUGUAAACAUGAUCAGAAGGUGUUGGCAAAGAGAGGAUAUUCACAACUUGGUCCAUAGAUACAUGGGAUGGAAUAAAUUAAUGCCCUGAGCUCCAGCCUCCCGAGGCUCCCAACAUUGUGUAGUAUUGGAAGACUUCGGGUGUUGGUGAACUGCGAUAGGCUACAAUAGCAGAGCAAAUCUCUUGCAAAAAUAAAAAAAUAAAAGAAGAAGAGCAGAAUAGUUAUGCAGGAACGACUAUCUUUUUUUCCCCUCAAAGUGCAGGAGAGCUGCUGCUUGAACGAAUUCUGUUCCAGCCUUUUGAGAAGAAAAGAAGCACACUGUUCUUUGAAGAUCCUGAAAUAAUAUCACUGGUUGUACAUUUGGUGUACACUUGCUGGGUGCUUCUGUUUAUGUUUGUCCUUAUUAGGAGGUGGCCAUGAGUAUGUCAUCAAACCAUUUCGUGCUCCUAAUUUUAUUGGUCUGGCUGAAGAAAUGACCCCAAAAACGAAGCCUAGAACAUUCUCAGGUGCACUCUAAUCAACUAAUGGACCCAUUAUGCAUAAGUAAGCGUUCAAACUACGAUUUCUAAAAAAAAAAUCUUUCUAU